UAAACAUAUAUUGCGCAUGACAACCCCAUACUUAGUACCGUACGAAAACUACACGACAGGACCCGCUUGCUUUACGUCCGCGCUAACAAAACUCGUUGAAAAUGCUUACAUCAAAAUGGUAGAGUCGCUACAAAUGUUCUUAUUCCUGUUUAAAUCUAAAUACAGACGAAAAUUCUCAUGGUUCUCGCCGUUCCUGUGUUCAGUACUCAUAGUGUUAUUGUUUUGCAAUGAUGCUCUCGCUAAGUGUAGUAACCAUAACUGCAUAAAUGGAGACUGUAAAAACGAAACCUGUGUGUGUAAAGAGGGCUGGCAAGGUCCAGAAUGCCAGUACUGCGGAGGGAAAAUCAAUCUCACAGACACCUCCGGGGUUAUAACCGAUGGCCCGGGCAACUACAGCGUGAGCACGCAAUGCACGUGGCUAGUGGCGCCCCCCCGCCUGGGUCCGUCCCCGCCGGUGGUCCGCAUCCGACUGGAGUCCUUCUCCACCGAGUGCGGGUGGGACCAUCUCUACGUGUAUGACGGGGACAGCGUGCGGGCUGUGAGGCUGCUCGCCAUCUUUAGUGGUGUGAUGGAGCCAGGUGAAUCCGGUUGGACGCGGCAAGUGAUCGCGCGCUCCGGCAGCGCCUUACUUCACUUCUUCUCUGAUGAUGCCUUCGCUAUGGAGGGCUUCAACGUCACCUACGCGGCAUACUCCUGCCCGUCGGAUGACCAUAGGACCAAUUGUAGCAACCAUGGCGAAUGCGACGAAGGCACAUGUCGGUGCAAUCCGGGGUGGAUCGGAGUAGCGUGCGAUCAACCAAUUUGUCCAGAUAACUGCAACGAAGCGUACGGCGGCGGCACUUGCACCCCCAAAGGAUGCGUUUGCACCCCCCAACGUUCCGGGGCGGACUGCAGUCGAGACGUAUCCACUGCUGGCUGGAGGUGGCUAUGGAAAGAACCAGGAGAGGGGGUGGACGAAGAGGCCGCGCCGGCGGUGGCGGGGCAUGUGUUGGUGCAGAGGGGGGGAGAAAUAUUGAGGGUGGGGGGUGAGAGUUUUGGACAGGCUGACUUCCUUUAUAGAUAUAAAGUAGCAGAGAACAAAUGGGAGCCUAUAGUAACGCUGGGCGAGACGCCCGCGCCGCGUUUCGCGCAUUCUGCCGUGUUGUUCGACGACGAACUUAUUGUAUACGGCGGCGUUGUCGCCUCCGACGACACGGAGAGGGGCGGUGAACUGGCUGGUCGAGAAGGGCGAGCUGGUGAAGUAACCAAUGAAGUGUGGCGGCUAAACUUGGCUGCACCCAUGCUUCAAUGGCUGAACGCCACCCCCACCAUAUGUGGGAAUAGGCCUGCACCUAUGAAGCAUUGUGGCGGCCUAGCCGUGUCGGGUCACACGGCAGUGGUAGUCCGCUACAAUGACAAGCCGGUGAUGCUCGUGUUCUUCGGACACUCACCGCACUACGGCUAUCUUCACUUGGUACAGGAGUACCACAUAGAAGAGGGAGUGUGGGUGUCGGCCCCAACAGUGGGCUGGGCGGCUCGCGGGGGCUUCGGGCACUCGGCGGUGUUGGACCCGCUGUCCGACCGCGUGUACGUGCACGGCGGCCUCGUGUCGCAGAGCGAGGCGGCGCAGGUAUUGUUGCAGUACCACAUAGAGGAGGGUGUGUGGGUGUCGGCCCCAACAGUGGGCUGGGCGGCUCGCGGGGGCUUCGGGCACUCGGCGGUGUUGGACCCGCUGUCCGACCGCGUGUACGUGCACGGCGGCCUCGUGUCGCAGAGCGAGGCGGCGCAGGUAUUGUUGCAGUACCACAUAGAGGAGGGUGUGUGGGUGUUGGCCCCAACAGUGGGCUGGGCGGCUCGCGGGGGCUUCGGGCACUCGGCGGUGUUGGACCCGCUGUCCGACCGCGUGUUCGUGCACGGCGGUCUCGUGUCGCAGAGCGAGGCGGCGCAGGUAUUGUUGCAGUACCACAUAGAGGAGGGUGUGUGGGUGUCGGCCCCAACAGUGGGCUGGGCGGCUCGCGGGGGCUUCGGGCACUCGGCGGUGCUAGACCCACUGUCCGACCGCGUGUUCGUGCACGGCGGUCUCGUGUCCCAGAGCGAGGCGGCGCAGGCGCCGUCAGCAGCUCUGUAUGAAUAUGAGUACAAGAGACGAAUAUGGCGCCCGCUGCCCUCCGCGCCCACUCCUAGAUAUCUACAUUCCGCCAUUAUAUUAUCUCCAGGUAUUAUGCUAGUCUUCGGCGGUAACGCUCACAACGACAGUGCAGCGGCCGCAGUUAGUAACCCCGCUGGCUCCCAGUGUUACUCGGCCGGCGCCCUUUUGUAUGAUAUAAGGUGCUCGUCGUGGCGCACGGUGCCGACGCCGCCGGGCGCGGCGCGGGCGGCGCACGCGGCGGCGCUGCUGCCCGGCGCGCUCCGCCCCACGGCCAUGUUCUACGGCGGAUUCGACGGCCGCCUCCGUUCAGACGCGCUUGUCUUCGAAGCGGGCUCUCCUUGUUCGUCACACACGAACGAGCUAGCGUGCGUGGCGAACGCGCAGCACGCGUGCCGCGCGUGCGCGUGGAACUCGCACGAACGCAUAUGCGUGCCGUUGGAGACGGCUGGCUGGAACCAGUCCUUCGACGGGACGAUGAAGGCCUGCGUCAGCGAACCUGUGAGAGAUAUUUACCGCUGCCGCUCAGCCAAUAGUUGUGCGGCGUGUACGGCCGCUAAAUGCGCGUGGUGCGGCUCCUGUCAGCCAGAACCACAGCUCUGCAGCCGACUCUGGCCUAAGAUGGCGCUGAUGGUGGACGAGUGUGCAAGCACAGGGGAAUUGGCCAGGGAUGCUUGCGCGCGGUACCACUCGUGCGCCGCGUGCCACGCUCACCAGCAACACCACCACCACUUAUCUGUACAUUCGAGCUCAGAAGAACGAUCAUGCUAUUGGGACUACGAGUCUAUCAAAUGCAAGCCGGCUAACUCAUCUGACGACAUCAGGAGCGUGGCAUCAGCCGGUCCGUGCACGGCUCCGUGCGCAACAUUCCACACGUGCUCAAACUGCACGUCGGAAGAGUGCAUAUGGUGCGCUUCGACAGGACGAUGUGUUGAUAAGAACGCGUACGGCGCGUCGUUCCCCCUGGGCGGGUGCCGGCUGUGGUCGACGUCGAGCGUGUCGGGCGGCUGCGGGCCUCGCGCGGCGCGCGCGGGCUGCGCGCGGCACGUGUCGUGCGCGGCGUGCCGGGCCGAGCCGGCGUGCGGCUGGUGCGGCGACGCCGCCCGCCCGCCCAGCGGCCGCGGCCUGUGCCUGCCCGGCGGCGCCCGCCGCCCGCACGAGCCGCACGUCUGCGAGACCUCGAGAUGGUUCUUCACCGACUGCCCCCGCUGCCAAUGCAACGGGCACUCGACCUGCGACGAGAUAGAGGGAGACAGAUGCAUACAGCCCUGCGGCGCCAGAGCAGUAGGGCUGCACUGCGACACCUGCGCGCCGGGGCAUUACGGCGACCCGCUCAACGGGGGCACUUGCAAACCUUGUGAAUGCAACGCGCAAGCCGUCGCAUGCGCGCCAGAUACGGGCCGCUGUUUCUGCAGCACCAAAGGCCUGGCAGGCGAGCGGUGCGACAAAUGUGACAACAGCAACCACUAUCACGCUGACCUGUACAACAAGGGAGCUUGCUAUUACGACCUAGCCGUAGACUACCAAUUCACAUUCAACCUCUCAAAAAAAGAAGACCGUCACCUCUCCGCCAUAAACUUCCGGAACGCGCCAGUGAAAGCCGAUGUGGACGCGGACUUUAGCAUAACGUGCUCGGCGCACGCGCGUAUGAACCUCACGGUUAGGACGCGCUCCGAGCCGGGCGAGCGGACGCUGUUCGCGCACGUCAACUGCACCAACUUUAGAUACAAAUUCGCCAAAUCCGACCACGCCUUCGGCGUCGAAGACAACGUCACAUUAACCACGUUCUUCGUCUACGUGUACGACUUCCGCCCGCCGCUGUGGAUACAGAUCUCAUUCUCGCAGUACCCGAAGCUGAAUCUGCAACAGUUCUUCAUCACGUUCUCGUCGUGUUUCCUACUGUUGUUGUUGGUCGCUGCGGCGCUGUGGAAGAUUAAACAAAAAUACGACUUGUACAGGAGAAGGCAGCGGCUCUUCGUGGAAAUGGAGCAGAUGGCGUCGCGGCCGUUCAGUCAAGUCUGUGUUGAGUUGGAGAAAGGAGGAGCAGGUUGUGGCGUCCCAGCACCGGUGGCGCUGGAGCCGUGCCUGGGGUCGCGCGCGGCCGUGCUGUCGCUGCUGGUGCGGCUGCCCACGGGCGGCACGGGCCGCGCGCCGCCGCUGGGUGGGCUGGCCGUCGCCUCCGCGCUCGUCACGCUCGGCCACCACCAGGACCACAAGGCGCGCCGCUGACCAUCAACCGACACCAAUGUAUAUAAUAAAUAUGUAAAUGGUGUAUAAAGUGCUCAAACAAUACUCAAUACGUCGCAUGUGAUGACUAAAGUGUUUCAAACGUGUCCACGUGACAUAAUUCAAAUGUCGACCGUGUCCACUUUAAAGUGUUGUAAACGUCAACCGUGUCGAGUGUAAAGUUCUUCAAACGUCGAAUGUGUCGACUUAAAAGUGUUCCAUAAACUAAGUGAAAUGACAUUGAGAAAGUGAUAUGUAGACAACAGUUUUAGUUUAGCGUGCUUUUGGUAAGUUUUACAUCGCAAACUUAUAUAUCGUAGCAUUUGCACACUAUUGACGCAGCCUAUGGAUGCUUGAUCCAGUGUAACAAGCGCGUUGCCAACCUUUUAAGUGCUUUGACAAGUUCAGGGACAAAUGAGAAUUAUAUUCAAUACUGUGCAAAUGCUCAAUGAUUUAAAGUCAUGUGUAUAGGUAAUAUUGUUAUGUCAUGAGUUUAUUUAUUUGAUACCUGGUUUUUAUUAUCCUC